UUUGUUUUUGUMUGGAGUUUUUCAAACUCUACAACCUAUUCCAGCAGACACACACUGUGCAUACAGAGAGAGAGAGAGAGAUGGAAGUGGUAGAUGCAGAGAUUCUGGAUCCGUUAGAAGUCCGUUUCUCAGACCUUAAACUGUUGUCUUCUUCAUCUUCUAGGGCUUCUUCUUCCCUUUCAUCAGCAGAGCUCGAAAGGCUAGAAUCCAUCUCCAGAGCUAUUAUGGAAACCCUAGGACCGUCGGGGCCUGGUUUUCUGACGAUAAGUGGAGUCCCGAAAGCCUCUGAGCUCCGUCGGAUUCUCCUCCCAUUGGCUCGGAAGCUUGCGUUACUCAGUAACGAUGAUCGCCGUCGGAUUCUCAAGGACCACAACUUGGGAAGUGAUGUUCCUCUGAAGAAUCUCAAUAGAACAGUCUCAUCUUUUGCAUUGCAACUGAGAUAUGUGGGAGAUCCAACUUCAGAACAUACUUUAAGUGAGAAAAACUAUACAAAUCAAGAAAGUCAUUUCUCUGAAGAAGAGAAUCCAAUUGGGGGUAAGUCAAUAUUUGAGGAUAAUGAAUUCAAGAAUCUUGGAAGCAUUUUUAAGGAGCUAGGAUUCUGCAUGAUGGAAUUAGGGUUUCACUUGGCACGAGUUUGUGAUAAGGCCAUUGGGAGCCAAGAGCUAGAAGAAAGUUUAUUGGAAUCUUGUAGUGCAAAGGGACGCCUUAUACAUUAUCAUUCCACUCUAGACAAUUUUCUGUUAAAGGAAGCUGGAAGAAAAAGAUCUACCAAGUUAUCAGCUAAAUGUCAGUUUCAGUCUCCUUGUGGGUCAAUAGAUUCAGGAUCCUGUGGCAGAAAUAAGAAAAAUUCAGUGGAAUUCUCAAAAUCAGAAAGAAAUGUUGAUCAAGAUCAAUCAUGCAGAACUUCUCUUUCCGACUUAUGGCAACAGUGGCACUAUGACUAUGGUAUUUUCACUGUUCUGACGGCUCCGAUGUUUAUCUCAGCAUGGCAUCCACCAACAACAGAAGCAAAAGAUGGGGUUUGUGUGGAAACUCAACAAGAAUGUCUGCCUCCUGAUGGACACACAUACUUGCAAAUAUUUGAUCCCAACAAGAAUAGCCUCCUUGUGGUGAGAUCAUCUCCUGAAAAUAUUAUUAUUCAGGUGGGGGAGUCAGCUGAUAUUUUAUCAAAAGGAAAGCUUCGUUCAGCCCUGCACUCUGUAUGCAGACCAAUUCAGCAAGAAAAUAUUAGUAGAGAAACUUUUGUGGUUUUCAUGCAACCAUCUUGGAGCAAAACUUUCUCAGGCUUUUCAAGGGAAAAUGUGACUGUACAUAGCAACUGUUCUGGGUCUUAUGAUGAGAAGAUUCACCUUGCCAAGCAGGAAGAACAUCAACUAAUUCAGGAGAUUCAAAAAAUAGUUCCACCACUGUCAUCACGCUUUAAGGAUGGGAUGACAUUUGCAGAAUUCUCCCGUGAAACUACCAAGCAGUACUAUGGUGGAAGUGGUCUACAGUCCAAUAGAUAGAAGAUAGCUUAUAUGGAA